ACCUUGGAACUUGGGGAACUACAUUACCCAGAAAGCUCUACAUUGAAUGACAGCGCGACAGAACCAGUAAGGGCUCAGAAUAAAGGCGUUUCUGUGUGCGCACGUAACGUAGUGGCGGGAUUCUCAGCGUUCUCUGGUAGCGACCAUUUUGGUUAAUGUUGGGUGUGUUUCUGCGGUUUGUGAGGUGAGAGGCGGUGGAGCUAUGGGUCCGAACCGCGGUGUCUGAACCCAGAAGGUGAAGAGUCCUUCUUGCUGCACAGAGGCAGAUCUUAGGCCCCGUAACGGCGCCCGCCGCUCCCAGCAGUGCUUUCCCCGCGUACUCGGAUGGCGGCGGCCGCGCUGAGGCUCCCGGCUCAGGUAAUUGUGCCUUCCCUGCCCUCAGGUCACCUCAUCCUAACCCGAGUCCUGAAGCAGCGAGAGAGCGGCGACUGUUCACAGGUCUGCAGCCCGGACCCGGCGUCGGGACACUGAGGCGUUCGCUGGAGAGGUCCUUGUUUCUGACACCUGUGGGAUGCGGUGGGGAGAGCGACAGGCACAGGGACCGGCGCGGGCUAUGGCCUGGAGAAGGACAGAGUCGGGAGGAUGGAACCUGGGGGUCCACAGGCGCCUGUAGGGAACAACGUGUGAGGCGAAGCUUCUCCUGGAAGAGCAGGCUGGGGGCUGUGUAUUCACUGUGAAGACGCUAGAAGCCAUGGAGAGUUUCGAAGAAAGGAGGGAUGCGAUCCAAGUCCAGGCUUUUAAGGUUUCCCAAAGGCCAAAGGAAGAACAUAGUAGAGGAGAUGAGGACCUUAGGGUUCUGGGAGGUUGACUCCUUUGUUGAUAGAUCACAUAGGUGGUAGAGAUGACAUUUUGCACUGAGACACGCAGGUCAGACAACCAGUCCGAGGUCACCUGGCUCCAGCGAUAAGAAAAGGUUCAAGGAGACCUGAGCUUAUCAGAUCCCCUUUGUAACGUCUGCUUUCCCCUCAGACACUCCUGGCUACAAAAGCACGUAAAGAACCCACUGAGGGGGCCGGGCAAGGUGGCUCCCACCUGUAAUCCCAGCACUUUGGGAGGCCGAGGCGGGCGGAUCACCUGAGGUCGGGAGUUCGAGACCAGCCUGACCAACAUGGAGAAACCCCGUCUCUAACAAAAAUACAAAAUUAGCCAGGCGUGGUGGCGCCUCAUGAUUGUAAUCUCAGCUACUCAGAGGCUAAGGCAGGAGAAUUGCUUGAACUCGGGAGGCAGAGGUUGCGGUGAGCCAUUGCACUCCGGCCUGGGCAACAAGAGCGAAACUCUGGCUCAAAAAAAAAAAAAAAAAAGGAACCCACAGAGGGAAUUAGAGGGUGUUCCAUUCCCUCACUGACCUUAUUCUUCAUUCACAUGUUCUCUAGCUUGUGAUGUCCUGGGACUCUUACUUGCCAUUUUUUCAGUCCUUUGAUCUGAGAACACUGGAGAAACCCUAAACCCAGAAUCCUAAGUCCAUGACACAGGAUGUAUGGAGGUAUUCCCAUUUCUGUCAACCCAUGUAAACAUACUUUGAAGGUUAACUACAGAGUUGGUACCAGGUCAUGAAAUGCUUAGAGAUAAAAAUUUGGUGGGGAGGCAAGAGGGCGGCGAGGAGGUGAUGUUACCACAGUCCCAUUUGUCUGCAGGCAUCAUCUGGCUGCAAAGAAGAGAACACACUGUGUUUGAGGGAGGAGGAAGGAGGAUCAGAGUUUAAACUCCUGCCAUAAUGCAGCAGAGCACUGUGGCAUUUGAAGAUGUGGCUGUGAACUUUUCCCAGGAGGAAUGGAGUCUCCUUAGUGAGGUUCAGAGAUGCCUUUACCAUGACGUGAUGCUGGAGAACUGGGUACUUAUAUCCUCCCUGGGUUGUUGGUGUGGAUCAGAAGAUGAGGAGGCACCUUCUAAGAAGAGCAUUUCUAUACAAAGAGUGUCUCAGGUCAGCACUCCUGGGGCAGGUGUGUCUCCCAAGAAGGCCCACUCUUGUGAAAUGUGUGGCACAAUCUUGGGAGACAUUUUGCACUUGGCAGAUCAUCAGGGGACACAUCACAAGCAGAAACUGCAUAGGUGUGAGGCAUGGGGGAGUAAAUUGUAUGAUAGUUCAAACCGUCCGCACCAGAAUCAGUACCUUGGAGAGAAACCCUAUAGAAGCAGUGCUGAGGAAGCAUUGUUUGUGAAGAGGUGUAAGUUCCAUGUGUCAGAGGAGUCAUCUAUCUUCAUUCAGAGUGGAAAGGACUUUUUGCCCAGCUCAGGAUUACUGCUGCAGGAGGCCACUCACACUGGGGAGAAGUCAAACAGCAAACCUGAGUGUGAGUCUCCCUUUCAGCGGGGAGAUACUCAUUACAGCUGUGGAGAAUGCAUGAAACAUUCUAGCACCAAACACGUAUUUGUUCAACAGCAGAGACUUCCCUCUAGAGAGGAAUGUUAUUGCUGGGAAUGUGGGAAAUCCUUUAGCAAAUAUGAUAGCGUCAGUAAUCAUCAGAGAGUUCACACUGGGAAAAGACCUUAUGAAUGUGGAGAAUGUGGGAAAUCUUUUAGUCAUAAGGGCAGCCUUGUUCAGCAUCAGCGAGUUCAUACUGGAGAAAGACCUUAUGAGUGUGGAGAAUGUGGGAAAUCUUUUAGUCAAAAUGGUACUCUCAUUAAACAUCAACGAGUUCACACUGGAGAAAGACCUUAUGAGUGUGAAGAAUGUGGGAAAUGUUUUACUCAGCAGGGCAAUCUCAUUCAACAUCAACGAGGUCACACUAGUGAAAGACCUUAUGAGUGUGAAGAAUGUGGAAAAUGUUUUAGUCAAAAGGGCACCCUCACUGAACAUCAUCGAGUUCACACUAGAGAAAGACCUUAUGAGUGUGGAGAAUGUGGGAAAUCCUUUAGUCGAAAGGGACACCUUAGGAACCAUCAGCGAGGUCACACUGGAGAAAGACCUUACGAGUGUGGAGAAUGUGGGAAAUCUUUUAGUCGAAAGGGCAACCUCAUUCAGCAUCAGCGAAGCCACACUGGAGAAAGGCCUUAUGAGUGUAGGGAGUGUAGGAAAUUAUUUAGGGGCAAGUCCCACCUCAUUGAACACCAGAGAGUUCACACUGGAGAAAGGCCAUAUGAAUGUAAUGAAUGUGGGAAAUCAUUUCAAGACAGCUCUGGGUUUCGUGUUCAUCAGAGAGUUCACACUGGAGAAAAACCGUUUGAGUGCAGUGAAUGUGGGAAGUCAUUUCCUCAAAGCUGUUCCCUCCUUCGACAUCGGAGAGUUCAUACUGGAGAAAGGCCUUAUGAAUGUGGAGAAUGUGGAAAGUCAUUUCAUCAGAGCUCUUCCCUCCUUCGACAUCAGAAAACUCACACUGCAGAAAGACCUUAUGAGUGCAGAGAAUGUGGGAAAUUCUUCUCCAGUCUCCUUGAACACAGGAGAGUUCACACUGGAGAAAGGCCUUAUGAAUGCAGUGAAUGUGGAAAAACAUUUACUCGAAGGUCUGCGCAUUUUAAACAUCAGAGACUUCAUACUCGAGGAAAGCCUUACGAGUGCAGCGAAUGUGGGAAAUCCUUUGCUGAAACCUUCAGUCUUACUGAACACAGGAGAGUUCACACUGGAGAAAGGCCUUAUGAGUGCAGUGAAUGUGGAAAAUCAUUUCAUCGAAGCUCUUCUCUCCUUCGACAUCAGAGAGUUCACACAGAAAGAAGUCCUUACAUGUGAAAAGAAAUUUGGGAAAUUCUUUAGCUAAACCUCUGUGCAUCUUCUUGAUCAGAGGGUUCUUACUGGAUCAGGACCUUAUGAGUGUGACAAACGUGGGAUAUUCUUUAUGCAGAAGUCUUGUUUUAUUACAUACAGAAGAGCUCCCACUGCAGAAGGGCCUCUUGAGUGCGAUGAAUGUGAGAAAGCCUUCUGCCUUCUGUCAUUGGAUAACAGAUUGUUCUCAUAAGGAAAACACUACACAUACAGGAAAUAUUAUUUCUUGUAAAACAUAACACUGGAGGAGACGCCUUAUGACGGAGCCAUCUGCCUAAAUUGACAUACCUUCAGCAUCUGCAUAAACUCAAUUAUGUUGGAGCUGUGUGGCAUUUUUCACCCUGCCAGGUUCCCUUGCCAGACAUGACUGUCGGUUAUCUGGCAAAAACCAUUUUAUGUCGGCCACGAGGCAGGUGUUCACCGUGCAUCAUUCAUUCACCCCAUGAUGUUCUGGAAGUAAACCUUGGUUGUCUUUCGUUGGCCAGAGGAAUUGGGAUCUCAAGGGCAUUUCCCUUUGCCCACCUCACCUUUUCAUAUUUGGUAAACUGUAUGCAUUUGCCUCCAGCCCAAGAUUAUAAAUAUGAACUGAUUAUGAUCUGCAUGUUCUCUUUUUGGGUUCAAGCAUUUCCUUACAGAAGAGCCACCGUGGAAGUCAUGGGUAAAUAUGUGUUGAAUUGGUAACUCCCUCUUUGAGAAUUUCUUGUGAAUUACACAGCAAUAGGGGAACUCAUUUAACUGGAGACAUAAUCUCAAUUUGUGAAGUGUGGCCCAUUUUCUAACAUUUUUAUUUUGCACACCCUCCCCUGUCUUCUGGAUUGAUGAAACUAACGAAGAGGUUAAUAAAAGCCCAUCUCAUCAUGUA